GUAUGCAAUUUUCUAACUGUACGUUUCCAAACAGACAAGUACACAGUGCUGAUGGCAGCGUGUGCUGCUCAUGCUUCAGAGGAAAACAUCUUGAAGACUGUGGAACUACUGCUGUCAAGGAAUGUCAACCCUAACCUUACUUGCAGGAGACAAAUGACUCCGUUGAGGUAUGCAGCUAGAAAAGGCUCUUCUCGUGUUGUUGGUCUUCUUGUUGCUCAUGGAUCACACAUAAAUGCCCAAGAUGAAGAUGGAUGUUCAGCAUUAAUAUGGGCAGCACACCAUGGACACAAAAAUGUCAUUUUUAAGUUGCUGGAGCUUGGAGCUGACAAAAAUCUACAGACUAAGGAUGAGAAGACAGCAGCAGAGCUAGCAAAAAUCAAUAAGCAUUCAGAGAUUUAUAGUUUACUCUCUUUGGCUGUAAAUCCCUCGCAAGGGAAAUACCAUGAAACGAUGAAGCAAGAGGCUAGCUACAAAUUUCUGACAGCUGUCCCUGACCACAGAGUUGGUUUCUAUUCAGCUUUGGAUGACAUGGAAGUAUUUUUACAUGGUCCUGGUCUAGAACACCUAAUAGGAUUAUUGAAGAUAGCACUGCAGUGGGCGCCAACUGAAAGAUACAUUGAAGUCUGCAGAGACAUGGUUUCCAGUGUUGAAAGGUUGGGAGAAGAAGUUGCCAGACUGAAGGACCUCGUGGAGAAGCAUGAACAGAAGAAUGACCCCAGUCAAGCGGUAUUCCCAGAAAAAGCACCCACCUUGGAAAAAAGAUUAGUAAAAAUGGGAGCAAUAACAGUGCUUGCGUUUGUUUUUUUCUUCUUUAUAACUAAGUUAAUGGCAAAGAAAGAGUGACUUUUUUUAGUGCUUUGAAUACUUUUUGGAAAAUUUGGUCGCAUUAUGCUUCUAUUCGGCAUAUGUAACUGAGCUGAAUUCAUAUGAAAAUUACUGGUUUCUCAUCAUAUCAGUAAUAUUUGCAUCCAGUACACACUUCAGUCUAGAAUCAAAAAUAAAAUCUCCUUAUGUAAAAGCGUAUUAAGGUUUUGUUUCUAGUAUAGACAGUUUGUACAGAAUCUCCUCGAAGUUGCUUUUUUGCCACAAGGUUGUAACUAUUACUUACUGAUUACUAGUUUUGUUUUCACUUGCUGUUCAGUUGCUGUCAUAGCUGCUUCCUGCUGUUCACAAACGUAAACAUAAGCAAAUAAUACUGUAUUGUUUAUGUUGCAUGCUCGUAUUUAAAAUGAUCACGAUGGUGGGUUUUGCCUUUUUAAUAUUAAGUAUCAUGAUUUCUAUGUUGAGAAAGAUCUUUUGCAGUACAGAUUCAUAUGAAAAACUUUCUGCUAAGGUGUACCUGUUUUGUUGUUUUGUUUUGUAACAGCCACAGGACAGCAAAGACCUUUUUACAUACUGUCUGGAAAGUAUUUUCCAGCUGAACCGUGCUAAUCAAUUUAUGCCUGAGAUCUGUUUCCUCAGGCAUAAUUACUUCUAUUAACAGUUUCAUUCCAAAAAGGAUUAUAAGGAUGCUAAAAGGAUUGUAGGAAUCCUUAGCUACAAGAAUGCAGGCACCUUAGAAGGAGUAUCAGCAUGUUUCUUCUUGAUCUGAUGAGCUUUCACUACAGCAGCUUUGUGCUUUGGAUCAGAGAGGGUAAGUCAUAAUCCCCACCACCACCAUCUACCAGCAGAAGUGUAGAAGUGCAUAAUCAUAUCAGCAUCCUGACUUGAAGCAGCAAAGAAAAGGAAAUACUUUAAAAAUAGUUCUGUUUCUUUGUAUUACCGUGUAAUUAGUUCAGAACUAACAAAACACAUCACAAAAGGAAAAAUCCAUGAAAAUGGAAAAUACAAAAAUCUAUGAAGUGCAGUUUUAACUGUCACACACAAUGUUGUACGAAUAGCACUCCUCUGAUUACCGCUAAAUGCAGUUCAAAAAUACUCAGAUGCAGUUGUCCAGUGAUGAGGUAGCUGGCAAAUAUUAGUAGAAGCUUGAUGCAUAACAACAUCUUUUUGUUGUGUUUUUGUUUUUUUUUUUCCAUUUGGGGGGGGGCUGUUGUUGUUCGUACCUAUUGUAAAAUACCAACGAGGGGAAAUAAAAGUAUGAUACUUGCUGAUAAAUGGCUUCUAGUUUGAGAAGUAGAAUAGAAUAUCCUUGGCAGAAAUGAGUCAAAGGUUUGAACAUUGUACUAAACUAAUUUUGUAUAGGUAAAGUCGUCAGAAAGGUGAUACCUUAAAUUCCAAAUGUCUUUAUUUUACUACUACACUUCCAUUUUACUAUUUCAUUUACUACAUUUUACUUCAUGUAUUGAAUUUCUUUACUACUUCAUUUACUAUAUUUUACUAUGUAUUUCAUUUUGCUACUACAAUUACUACUAUUCCACUACUAUUGGUACACUGGGCAAGCUUUUUUUUGUUUCUGUAGACCAUGUUAUGGAUCUAAUAAGAGAAACUGAAUAAGCAGAGGACUGCUUUUUCCUAGUAAUUUGUACAAUAAAAGCAAAAUGCAUUUCUAUUUUAAA